UAUUCAUGAGCCAAGGUUUGGCGACGUCUUCAUUUCAGCCAAUCAGUUUGGUCUACUGACCGAGCGUCAUAGAACGUAAUUAAUAUUCAUAAGCCAAGCCUUCGUUAUAGUAAGGUUUAUUAUUCUCCACUUGCUCUCGGUUAAGAUGGCCACCAGUCCCAAAAAACCCUCUCUGGGGGCAGUGGCCCCUCGUAAAAAAGCCAGUCCAAAGGCUGAACUGACAGAAGAGCAAAAGCAGGAGAUCCGAGAGGCGUUUGAGCUCUUCGACACUGAUGGUUCUGGUUAUAUUGAGGUGAAGGAGUUAAAGGUGGCAAUGAGAGCGCUGGGGUUCGAGCCUAAAAAGGAGGAAAUCAAGAAGAUGAUUGGAGAGGUUGAUAAGGAUGCUACUGGAAAGAUCUCUUUCGGUGAUUUUCUGACAGUGAUGACUCAUAAAAUGGCUGACAAGGACUCCAAGGAAGAAAUUCUUAAAGCUUUCCGGCUGUUUGACGAUGACGAGACUGGAAAAAUAUCUUUCCGCAAUCUAAAGCGAGUGGCCAAAGAACUCGGAGAAAACCUGACCGACGAGGAGCUGCAGGAAAUGAUUGAUGAAGCAGACCGAGAUGGUGAUGGAGAAGUUAACCAGCAGGAAUUCCUUCGCAUCAUGAAGAAAACGAGUUUGUACUGAAUCUUAUCAGAAGCACAGGAGUAUGAGAAAUACCAUACCAAGACCUUGAUGCCUGUCGGCCGCAGUGAUCAUCUCAGAUCGGUGUGGGUUGGACAAACAGCUAGUUGUUAAUGGUUUACACUCUGUAUUCUCAAAUCUUAUCAGUAAAGAUAUAAUCAGUAACAUGUAACACAGUCAUAUUGGGUGUGAGGUAUGCACUGAAAUAUUGUGUCAAUCUGUCAUAACAUGGAUAAUUCUCACCUAGAAAGCAAAUGUUUUGGGGUCAUAUUUCAAAAUAAACGAAAAAUGCAUUUUGCAUAAAAAAAAGCUUAUUUUUUUGACCUUUUAGAAAUUCAUUUUCAAGAACCCCCAAAUGUCUCACAAAAAACUCACUGCCAUUCAUUUAUGAAAACUUAAAAGAUUGUAUUAGUAAAAAUAACUAUUAAAAUAUAAACGGUUUUCUUUUCAGAUUUACUAAAAUAUACUUUACCUUUAAGUUUCUGCCUCAUGGUAUGUUUAAGUAUUUAUGGACACUAUAACACUGUGACUAAGUAAUCUAUAUAAAGUCAUGCCCAAAAAUAUGGGCACCCUGGUAAAAAUGAUCAAAGGAGGCUGUGAAAAUUAAUCUGCAUUGUUAAUCCUUUUGAUUCACAAACAUCUAACCUUUCUCUGGAUAAUAAGAAUUAAAAAUGGGGGAAAUAUCAUUAUGAAAUAAAUGUUUUUCUCUAAUACACAUUGGCCACAA